CUUCCAUCUAACACCAAAAUUGGCGAAGGAUUUCAUCGUUUUUUCAUCUUGUAAAACUUCGGCGGUUAAGAAACAGACUAACUUAUUCAUUAUUCGACAUAUGAUCAUCCCCGACUUACCAUUUUUCGUCUAUUGUCGUCUCUUAUUCACCAUCUCACGUACUUUGUAUAAACGACGAUAGUUCUCGUGAUUAGCCUGGGAAUAUGGCUACUGUUACGAAUCGCAGUACAGAUAAGACUAUUGUCUUGUAUCAAAAAGGCCAAAGGUGGUACAAGGCGACCCAAUAUGAUCAUGCCGAGAAGGCUUUCCUAAGGGUCAUGGGUCUGUGCAGUUGUGGCGUCAAUAUCCAGAAGCAGCCACGCAUUGACCAUGAUAUCUUAAGUGGAAUUAAGAAGAAGGAUUUGAAAGGGGUUUUGGCAAAAUUACCAGCCUCAGAACGAUGCGGUAGCCGGCUCCAUCUCGAUGCACUUGAUUCACUUAUUGCUGUUUAUGAGAUGCAAAAUAGACUUGACGAUGCCCUCGAAUUCGCUUUGAAAAUGGUUAACCUCUCUCCAAGAGAUCCCAAGAGCUAUCUGCGCUUGGGAAAGGUUCUUAGACUAAAGAACCAACCAACAACGGCGUAUCACAAUUACAAGCAAGGCAUAGAGCUGACCAAGCGAAAGAACCCAAACCAUGCUCUAUUACCUAAGCUGCAAGCCCAGAAGGAUAAUGUGUUUCCCUUGGCCACGUUUGAUCCGAUAGUCGAACUUCCCAUCGAGCUUGUGGAGAUGAUAUUCAGGUUUUUCAACAUUAGGGCAAAAGUUUGCUGUUUAGGUGUGUCCAAGACCUGGAAAACCGUUUUGACAUCAGAUUCUCUUCGCUCCCUAUGGAAGACCCAAGACUACACAUUCACUCGACUCAAACAAUUACGUGCGCCAAGCCUCUUCACAAGCUUCGUAAAUAACUGGAGAUAUGGGGGUGAAAGCAUUACAGAGCUGUCCGUUGAUGGUUGUGCUCAAUUUUUAAUGACUGGUAAACUUGAGCGCCUCUUCCGUUUCUUCCACGACCUUAAGGUUCUCAAGCUGAGAGAGCCUCAAGCGGUCCUCUGUUUGGAAGAAUUACGAACGCAACCAAAAAUGCCUAAACUUAAACACCUCUUUUUAGGUCGUGGGGUACAACCCUCGGUUGGGCUUUUACGGCAAUUGCUCGUGUCCUCUUCUACAUCGCUAGAAGAGCUCUCUAUCUUCACACUCCCGCCUCCUUUCACGCAUUGGCCCAGCAACUGGCCACGGCUAGAGAAAUUGAAAGUUGUUCGUCUUGCACAAUCGUAUGGUAUUGUGGCCGAUACUCGUUUGAGUAGAAUUGUUGAAUCAGCUCCUAAUGUAGAAGAAGCUUGGCUCGACUUUCAAACUCACGAACUCGUAAGAUUGAUGUAUGACUGGCCACGACUGCAGAGCAUAUUCAUAGGGCAACAUGUGAUCUCCAACGCCGAUUCCCUACCCCCCGGCGGACCUAUCCCAUUCGUAACCGUCCAUGAACGAUUGCGUGAGUUACAUUUGGAAAUAGGCUCUACGCCUGCCAAUCUCCAACUUAUUAUGCUCAAAGCUCACUCAUGUCUCCCAUUUUUUCAAAAGAUGGAGAAGCUAUCAGUACUAGUUGCCUCAAAUGCGUAUACCGGAUUUACGUCUAACCUAUAUGACCUGUUCAACUUAUUGGUUAGGCCUGGCCUAGAAUCCGGUACUCUACGGGAAGUGCACUUCGACCCGUUGCCUGUCGGGAGCUUCUUCGGAGACCCACAAGUUCCCACGAUUCCUGACUGGUUUAAAAGUGACAGUGUCACCUAUUUGAACUUGACGGGAUUCACACGAGAUGGUCUCCACGGAGACAGAUUACUGGAGGAUGUUGUGCUUGGAAUAGCUAGCCGUUUUCCUAAUUUGUCUGCUGUGGAUGUCUCCAACGAGCCGUUCCCUGACACUGUACUCGCGAAGCUCAUCCAGAGGGGCGUUAAGACGAUCUACUGUCGACCGGCACAACCGAAGGUGGACCUUAGGAACUGGGCUUCUCGCAAAUUCAAGGCGCAGAUUAUCUUGGGUCAAUCGCCUCAUGUACCUGCAUAUCAUCCGGACCGGUGCCAAAACUCCGCCUCUCUCCCGCGCAUCGGGAUCCAUAUGUAAUAUCGGUGUAGGAGAAUAUGUCUCUCUUUUUAGGGUAAGAGAAACAGUGGGUAUGGGAUAUGAUUUUCUUUUUUAUGAUGUCUUGCGUUUCUACCUACUAAGAGACAGCAUGGGUGGCAUUGUAGAGAUUUAUUGUGCUUUUUUGUCAUCGUUCUAGGGUUCGGUUGGCACAUUUCUCCAUUUUGAGAUACCCCUUUCCCUUGGCUCUAUUCGCGAGCUUAUGUACCUACAUCGGUUGAAGGUUCACGGCCCACGGGCGGACUACCGCCUCUACCUAGAAUUCAUAUAGCAAGUUUGUCCCUGUGUCUACUCUCGAUACAGGAAACCGGGAACACACAUCUCGCAAAGUGUGGUCACAGUAAUUAGUUAGU